CUCACGAAACUAAAGCUUAAAUCUCCAUAAUUGUUUUUGACAAAUUAUGGGUAUUGUCUCAUUUUCUAACAUUUUAUCAUUGAAGGGAUAUGUGAAUUGUGUUUACGAAUAUCAGUGCAUUUUUUAGAUGGGGCAUUAAAAUUUAUAGGAGUUAUUGAUGUUUCCGAGAAGUUUUGCUUCCUGGUAAUAGUUUUGUAAGUAAUGUGGUUCUGUGUUGAGGCUUAUAUACUUUGAUCCUGUGGGAGAGUGCGGGAAAUAAAUAGAAAAUGCUGCAGACAGUUCGAAAUGGAUAUUCAAAUUGGCGAAGUGGGUUUUUUGGAGGUUAAAUUUUUGAUGGUUAAAUCAUAAAUUUUUCACUGUUCUUAUGCAAUGAAAGGCUAUCAAGUUCGACAACCAGAUUCUUUAAUGGGUUAUGACGUUUUUCCAGAGAGGCAAACCUUUUUUGGCACCUCAAAGGGACUGCCGUCUAUUGGCAAAAGGCAGACAUUGUUUAGGAAACAUGUAAGAUUGAUGACUUGUGCCAUAGGUCUUCUGGUGUUGCUUUUCCUGUUAGAUUCAUUGAUGCUAUCUCUUAUUCAGCAGAAGAACCUUCUGAAAGGUGUUCAUGAGAAGAGUUUGAAUGUGAUUCAGGGUGAAAGGACUGAAUUUGUCAAGGCACAAAAGGCUCCAAGAGUGAUGUUUGAAGGUCUGCUACAUUUGGCAUCCCAUGCUCUUGCUGAGAAUGAAUUGAAAAAUAAUUUGCGAAAGCCAUGGGAGGAACCAUAUUCCAAAGCAGCGGCAUGGAAGCCUUGUGCAGAUCAAAAUAAACCUAGGAAUCAAGGAUCUGCAACUAAAAGCUAUGGGUUUAUAAUGGUGAGCGCAAAUGGCGGUCUUAAUCAACAACGUGUUGCGGUGUGCAAUGCUGUUGCAGUUGCUUCUCUACUUAAUGCAACUCUGGUUCUUCCCAAAUUUCUCUACAGCAACGUGUGGAAGGAUGACAGGUAUAGUCAAUUUGGAGACAUCUAUCAAGAAGAAGCUUUCAUCGAGUUUCUACCGAAAGAUCUGAAUAUUGUAAAGGAAUUGCCUCCUCGCCUGCAAUCAUUAGACCUAGAAGCAAUUGGCAGUCUUAUAACUGAUCUGGAUAUUAUGAAGGAGUCAAAGCCUAGUUAUUUUGUCAAAGCCAUCCUUCCUCUCCUAAUUCAGAAUGAAGUAGUUCACUUUGUUGGAUUCGGCAAUCGACUUGCAUUUGAUCCAUUACCUUUUGAUUUACAGCGAUUAAGAUGCAAAUGUAAUUUCCAUGCUCUGAAGUUUGUGCCUAAAAUUCAAGAAGCCGGCGCAUUAUUGGUUCAGAGAAUUCGAAAAUUCAGUGCAAGAUUGAAUCCAUUGGAUGAGCAACUGAUCGGGAGUUAUAUGCAUGGGGUUCCAUUGGAAGAGAAAGAGGCUUCAUUAAGUCAACCCAGAUAUCUCGCUUUACACUUGAGGUUUGAAAUGGAUAUGGUAGCAUACUCCCUUUGUGAGUUUGGAGGGGGAGAAAAUGAAAAGAAAGAACUGCAGGCAUAUAGAGAAACCCAUUUUCCUGCACUAGUCAUGCGUACAAGAAAUUCGCAGGUUGCCUCUUCUGAAGAUUUGAGGAAAUUAGGCAGAUGCCCUUUGACACCGGAAGAAGCAGCACUCAUGCUUGUGGCCCUUGGUGUUAAGCGUAGCACACGCAUUUACCUUGCUGGUUCUCAAAUAUAUGGUGGUCACUCAAGGAUGGUUGCCUUGACAAGCCUAUUCCCAAAUGUGGUCACAAAGGAAGACCUUCUUACGCCUACCGAGCUUGCACCUUUCAGGAACUUCUCAUCUCAGAUGGCUGCCUUGGAUUUCAUUGCAUGUGCCACUGCCGAUGUGUUUGCUAUGACUGAUUCAGGAAGUCAGCUAUCAUCUUUGGUGUCGGGAUACAGGACAUAUUUUGGUGGCAGGAAAAUGCCAAGCAUUCGGCCUAACAAGAAGAGGCUAGCAAGGAUACUAUCAGAAAGUGGAAGCAUAGAGUGGGUGGAUUUUGAGGAGAGGGUGAGGAAGAUGAUAGAAGAAUGCCAAAGAGUCGGAGUGCGACCUGUUGGGCGAAGUAUUUAUCGUCAGCCAAGGUCCCCGGAAUGCAUGUGUAAGGCUUAAGGUUGGGUCAGUGUCAUGACCACUGGCUUAGCUCAAAAGAGCUCUCUCUCUCUCUCUCAAGCGCGCAUGCACACUGGUAAUCUGCAUCCAUACCAACAGCCAACGUUGCUGCAAAAUGUGCCUUCCAAUUUAAUGAGCUGGACGGUCAAACCACUACACUCUUUCUCUCUCCACUUUUUAAUUCUUUGAAUUUGAAUUAUUCAGAUUGCAAAUUAAACCCAUGGAAAUCUAUAGAUUGGACAUGGGUGCCUCUUGUAUAUUCGUUUUAAGAGGAUUUGUGGGCUGUGCAUACAAUCAUGUGUAAUUCAUUUUUCAAAUUUUGGGAACGUUUUUAGUCCAAAACCGACAUGUUCUAUAUUAUGUGGCUAGUGAGAUUCGUACGAGUACGCUUGAUUC